UUAUCUACGGAGAACUGUACGUUUGCACUAGGAGUGGUGGACUCUUUCCCAUUGCAUAAACAUUCGGGGUUCCAACACAGCUCCAUUGUUUACGUUGACUACCUGGUAUUUAUUAGCAGCAUAGACAAUCAAUACUCCGUACAUAAAUAAAGACACCAUACCAACAAGAUGGUCAAAAGAAAAGCCAAAGAAAUUGGAGAUGAAGUUCCUGUACAUGUAGAACCUCGAAGAUCCAGUCGACAGAAAACAAACAACAACAACAACAACAACAAUAACAAUAACAAGAGCUUGAAGGAAGAGACUACAUCAUCAGCUUCUCAAGCGUCAAACCGGAAUAAGGAGAACAAGAAGAAGUCGACAAAUGGGAAAUCCACAAAAGGUGCUGAGGUCAACGGCGAGGUUACUGCGCCAAAAUCAAAUACUGUAGGUCCAUACUUCCCGUCAUUCUCAACCCUUCUCAUAUUGUAGGGUCCUGCCGUCUAUCUAUCCACCGAUCUAUCUACCCACUGUAAUUAAGUCUUACAUCUUGAUUUUGUCUCGUAUUUUUAUCCACCAGGAGUUUUCUUGGGCGGGCAAGUGCUCUUCACAAAUUUGGUUACAUAUUCAUUUCAUUCAUACUCUUCACGUUUUUCUCAAUUCGAUUUCUAUCUUUGCAUCUUUGAAAUUUAAUCAGCGGAUCAUCUUUAGAAUUCUAUCAAAUCUACCCAGUCAUCUCUACUAAAUGGCACCAAACCUACAUCAACGGCCGUCUCAUCAGCGGAGUCCUCAUCAACUCGUCAAUAUUGGCUUAUGAAGGCUGAACCAGAAUCACGUAUUGAAAAAGGCCAUGACAUUAAAUUCUCCAUCGAUGAUUUGGCAGCGAAGACUGAACCAGAGCCUUGGGAUGGUGUGUUAUUCCUUACAUAUGUAUUACUAUGUCAGCAUUAAUACUAACAUUUUCAAAGGAAUACGAGCAUAUCCAGGUGUGUCAUUUUGCAAUGCAAUUGUACUAUUAAAUCACUUACACAUACUUUAGCACGCAACAAUCUUCGUGCGAUGAAGAAAGGGGAUCUAGCUUUCUUUUACCAUUCAUCCUGCAAAACCCCUGCAAUCGUUGGAAUCAUGGAAAUCGUUCAAGAACAUUCCCCCGAUCGUAAAAAUCUCCACGAUUCUAUUCUUCCUAUAUCCAAACUAACUAGAACUUUAGUCUCAGCACAUGAUCCCACCGCCCCAUAUUAUGACUCUAAAUCCUCACCGGAUGAUCCCAAGUGGAGUGUAGUACACGUUGAAUUCCGCCAGAAACUCAAAACUCCUAUCACGCUUAAGGAAAUCAAAGCCUGGUUCGAAGAAAAGGGAAAUGCUCUGAAUAACAUGCAAAUGUUGAAACUGGCACGAUUGAGUGUGAGUAAAGUAAGUAGCGAUGAGUGGAGAUUUUUGGUAGGUGAAAUGGAGAAGAAUGGAGAUGUGGUCAAGGAGUAGAAAUUUUGAGAUACGACGGAGAAAUAAUGCUUAAAGGAUGCCCAUGGGUAUGCAUUAUAUGGAUAGAUUCCUUGAUCAUAGGAUAUUAAUGUACAAUACCAGGUUAUACGAUAAUUUUCGAGUGAUCAAUUGAGGGGAAUGAUGCGGUUCUAGAAGUUUUACUCUUCUUCCCCUCCCCUCCAACAUACAAUCAUAUAAGGAGUUACAUAUCCGCACACACAAACGCAUUUCUUUUCCUCCAUCUUUGUAUAUUUACCACUGGGUAGUCAAUAAUUCAUUCAACUCCAUAUAUCC